CUACAAUAUUUAUGAGAAAGCAAACAAUACAAUGGGUUAGGUUGCGGCGUAUGUGACUAAUUAAUCAUAUAGAUUCUACAUCAUAGAUUUCUGCAUUAGUGCCUUUCAUAUAGUUUUUAGAUGGAUGUAUCUAUACAAAAAAGAAAAAAAAAGAGAACAGCAAGACUCUAGCUUGGGCUUAGAGAAUUCAAACAAGCUGGUCUUCGGUCUUUGCUCUUUUUCAAGGCGUCUGCCCCUUCGCCCCAGCCUCGCUGGUCGCCACCCAACUCACCCAUCACCCGAAGCCAUCUCAUCCCACAGAAAUAAUACGCCCAAAAGAAAGGGAAAGUUGCCAUCCUUCAAACACCUCUCUCGCCCGAGUCCUUGUUACAAUGAUAUACCGUAUCCCCUUAACCUCCCCUCUUCCUUUCCCAUGUCUCUCCCAGACCACUCCCCACUUCUCCUCCUAGUAGUCCUAUUUCUCUUAGUCACAAUUCCCACCAUUUCUUGUCAUCUCUCUACCGUAGCAAUCUCCCAUGUCUCCAAUCAAACCAUAGUCUGCGCUCUCCUUCAUUCCCACACGAGCAAGCAAUUCGACCUCAACUGCACCAGCAUAGCCAAAAGAGUCCAGCGAAACUACCCGUCGGCGAACAACUCUUCCUACACUGCCAUCGCCGCCGGCGACGGCUUCCUCUGUGCGCUCGGUUGGAUACCAGUCGCUGGUUUAUCCACCAUGCGCUGGUGGGAAUUCAAGCAAGAAUCCGGUAACAGUUCAAACCCCAAGUCCAAACGGGUCUACCGGGGGUCGCCUCUCGUCUCGCUCUCCGCCGGCGAUACCCAUGUCUGUGGCCUCCAAGAAGGCUCCACCCGCAAACUCGACUGCUGGCGAUGGCCACAGCUGGUCUUCCCUGAAGAGCUAAACUUCACCGACAUCGCCGUCGGCGCAGAUUUCGUCUGUGGAUUAUUGUCGGUAUCCCAGCAGAUCCAGUGCUUCGGAAAUGACUCGACUGUUGUAAGCCUUGAGCCCAACGGGUCCUACGUCACGCUCGCAGCCGGAUCGCAGCAUGCGUGCGCCGUCUCCAAGGGUGGGGAAUUGGUCUGUUGGGGAAUUGGUGCUCCAGAAGUGGAGAGAAAUCCAUUUGAGAUCGGCUCGUUAGCCUUAGGAGAGAACCGGACUUGUGCUCUGAGUACCAAUGGAGCAGUGAAAUGUUGGGGGGAGAACUCUCAGCUACCGAAUGGCCUCUCCAUGUCCCAAUUUGUAGCAAUUGAAGCCAAGGGCAGUGCUCUAUGUGGGGUACUCAUGGCUAAUUACUCCUUGGUUUGCUGGGGGAAUGAGAUCUUCAAGCCCCAUCUCAUGGUCUUCAACCGGGUCCUGCCCGGAUCUUGCGUGCCGAUGUCCACCUGUCCUUGCGGCGUCCUGGCAGGGUCCGCAAACAUCUGCGGCAACGGCGCCGCCGGCAUCGCCAUCUGCGGGCCAUGCAGGUCUGCACGGCAAGCUAAUCCUCCACCGCCGCCGCCGCCGCCGCCGCUGCCACCAACUCCUCCAAGUAGCGGCAGUGGCAGGAGAAGGCUAGUCUUUAUAGUCAUUGGCUCCGUCAGCCUCGCCGUCGUAUUGUUGGCGGCUGCCAUAUGGUUCAUCAUCCUCCCAGUCUACCGAAACAAUGGCCGAAUCCACGACACCGUAAGACUGCAUGCCGCAGCAGCAGCGGCGGCGCCGCUGCCGCCGGGCGUGCCAAGUGAGCGUGUUCGCCCAAACGUCGAGGCAUUCUCGAACCUACUAAUCAACCGGCAGCUGAGCAUUGGUCACAGCUCCACGAUCAAGGAAUUCCCGCUGGCAGCCCUCCUCGCCGCCACCGACAACUUCUCCGACGACCACAAGAUCGGCUCCGGCGGCUUCGGGUUGGUCUACCGUGCAGUGCUCGACGACGGCCGCGUCGUCGCCAUCAAGCGCGCCGAGCCACCCACCGCCGCCGCCGCCACCUCCUCCACCUCCCACGCCGACCGCCGCCGCCGCGAUCGCGACCGCGAAGCUGCCUUCCUCUCCGAGCUGGCUCUCCUCUCCAGAGUCAACCACAAGAACCUAGUCCGGCUCCUCGGCUUCUGCAACCAAGACGGCGAGAGAAUUUUAGUGUACGAGUUCAUGCCCAACGGCACGCUCCAUGACCACCUCCACAAGCUCGCCGUCUCGCCCCUGGCUUCGUGGGCGGCGCGGCUAAGGGUGGCGCUCGACGCGGCCCGGGGGAUCGAAUACCUGCACGCCUACGCGGUGCCGCCCAUCAUACACCGGGACAUCAAGUCCUCCAACAUCCUGCUCGACGCCACGUGGACGGCCAAGGUCGCCGACUUCGGCCUCUCCCUCCUCUCCCCUUCCUCAGACGACGAGGAUACCCGCGACCUGUCGUCCCCGCGAGCCGCCGGCACCGUCGGAUACAUGGACCCCCAAUACUACCGGCUCCAGCACCUGACCACCAAGAGCGACGUCUAUAGCUUCGGCGUGGUCUUGUUGGAGUUGUUGACUGGGUGCAGAGCGGUACACCGGAAUGACGAUAGUGGUACACCGACGAACCUGGUGGAGUACGCCGUGCCGCACAUUGACGCCGACGAUGUCCACCGCGUCAUGGACCGGCGACUGCCGCCGCCGACGCCCAGCGAGAUCGAGACGGUGGCUUUCGUGGGCUAUUUGGCUGCGGAUUGUGUGAGCCCAGACGGCACCGACCGGCCCACCAUGACCGAGAUCGUCUCCGGUCUCGAGCGGGCCAUGGCGGCUUGCGCCGGGCAGGCCCCGCCGGCGCUGUCCCGGUCUGCCACCGCCCGGUCCUUUUGACACGUGCUACGGAAAAUUUUGUGCACGUGUUGUCCGAUUUUUAAUUUAUUUUUUUGGUAAAAUAUUUUUUCGUCAUAAUCGACCUGAUUUGUUAAGGGUCUGGUUGCUUGGAAGAUGAUCCCUAAAAAUUGUUUUUUUUUUUUCUUUUUGAAAGGACAAAAGUUUUCAUCAAAUUAAAUAGUAAAAUAUUUCUUGUAACAA